GCGGGAGCUGGAGGAAGCGCUUCCCGUUCUUCGGUUUCUGGGCCUUGUCAGUGGUGGUCGUAGGCUCUGAAGUCCAUUACAUUCGUCGAGACGGUGUGGAACCUCCCGUGCUUAUCUCCAGCCGCAGGAACUCUAAUCUAGCAGAGAAGAGACGGUAGAUGAAAUAAUAGCACUGAAGGGAAAGCGGAGGCGGUUCUUCAGGGGAUCCCAGCAUUCUGGUGGUAGAGGUAGAAGGAUCAAGAGUUCAAGACCAUCUUCAGCUGUAUCUCAGGUUUGAGGCCAGCUUCAUCCACAUGAGACCCUGUUACAAAUGAAAGAGUUUGAGGCCAACCCAUAGGCUCCACAGCAAGAAAUUGUCUUGAGAGGUUUUCAGAGCUGAGAGUGAAAGUGAAGCAGGAUGUCUGUGGAUCCGAUGGCCUACGAGGCCCAGUUCUUUGGCUUCACACCACAGACUUGUCUGCUGAGGAUCUACGUAGCGUUUCAAGACCACCUGUUUGAAGUGAUGCAGGCUGUUGAGCAGGUUAUCCUAAAGAAGCUGGAGGGCAUUCCAGACUGUGAGAUUAGCCCUGUCCAGACUCGUAAAUGCACAGAGAAGUUUCUUUGCUUCAUGAAAGGACGCUUCGAUAACCUUUUCAGCAAAAUGGAGCAACUGAUUUUGCAGUCGAUUUUGUGUAUUCCCCCAAACAUCCUGCUUCCUGAAGACAAGUGUCAGGAGACAAAUCCUUUCAGUGAAGAAAAAUUCCAGCUUCUCAAACAGGAGAUCAAAGAGUUACAGGAGAAAUACAAAGUUGAAUUAUGUACUGAGCAAGCCCUUCUUGCAGAAUUAGAGGAGCAAAAAACUGUUAAAGCCAAACUCAGAGAGACUUUGACUUUCUUUGAUGAGCUUGAAAACAUUGGCAGAUAUCAAGGAACUAGUAACUUUAGGGAGAGUUUGGUAUCCCUGACCCAGAACUGCAGAAAACUCCAGAACAUUAUAGACAACGUAGAAAAAGAAAGCAAAAAACUGGAAACACAGUAAUUUCUCAGUAGUGAAGAGAGAGAGCAUAUAAAUAGGUAGCUUUUCUUUGUUUACUCUCUGUUUAAGGCCUUUGGGGGCCACAUUCCCCUCCUUUCCUAGGUUACACAAAGCAAAUCAGCAGAUCUAAAUUGCAGGCUGCAGUUCAGACCUCUAAAACAGCUUGUGUUCGUUUGCUUUUCUCCCUCUGGAACUUAGGUCGACCAACAUGUGGGUGUCUCAGGAUUUAACAUGCCGCACUGGAGAGAAGCAGAAAGAGGAGCUCGAAGAAGGAAAAGGAAAUCAAAGGGCAGCAGGGCACAGCAGAGGGGGGUCAGGGAUAUGGGAUGACGUAUAGUGCAAUAUUAAAGGGACAUGUCCCAUUGAUAAUGUAAGAUUCAAGUCGAGCUUAGAAGGUGUUAGCCUCGCGCCUAUGAGAUCAUUUUAGGCAAAGAAAAUAGAAAACCCAUGAAGUAGAGCAUAUUAAUUAAUUCACACAGCUGGAACAGAUAUGGCUGGUUUAGGAUACACCUGUCAUGUUCCAUUCUAUUUUUUGUAAGACAAGAGCUGGUGAGAUGGGUGGGCAGGGAAAAGUACUUGUAGUACAAGCCUGGUGACCUGAGUAGGAUUCCUAGAACCUACUUAAAGAUGGAAAGAAAGCUUGGCUCCACAAAAUUGUCCUCUGACUUCUAAAGGUACACUAUAACAUGUACUCUGCUGUCCUCCACAUCGUGUAUGCACACACAGUGUAUGUGUGAGUGUGUGCUAUUAAAAACUGACUUCUAAGCCGGGCGGUGGUGGCGCACACCUGUAAUCCCAGCACUCUGGGAGGCAGAGGCAGGUGGUCGAGGCCAGCCUGGUCUAAAGAGUGAGUUCCAGGACAGCUAGGGCUAUACAGAGAAACCCUGUCUCAAAAAAAAAAAAAAAAGAAAAAAACCCAAAAA